AUGCAUGUCUUCGGUCGACAUCUGCAGCCGCCUCCUAAACAGUCACAUGGGAGUGAUGACUACGCGCUGCCGGUGAAUUUGCCUCGGCGGAUCCUCGAUGUGUGCGCCUGCUAUUUGUUUUUCUCCCUCCCCCGUAACAGGAGCGAUCCGAACAUUCUGAGUUCGCUGUUCAUACGAACGUGUUAGAUACCCGCAUCUGCCGUGCACUUCUGCUCGCGCGCGUUCACGGAGCUGGGGGUGAGGGGCGAUACCCCAGACCUAAAAGCCCGAGGCUUGUUGUUCGUUUUAAGAUUUUAAACCAAGAUGACAAGCGACUGUUAUCUCUGUUGCUCGAAGAUACUCGAGGAGCGAGUACGCUUUACUAAAUAAGGUUGCCGGCCAGGAGAGCACUGCCUCGCCAAAGAUGAAAUCAAGGAGAGAGAAACUCAAAAUCCCAUCCCUUACUCUGGAUUUGUCACCUACUUGCCAAAGCCCAACUCUGCUGAGUCCGUGCAGCCCCUGCAGUCCAUUACAAAGCCUACACCCCUGGAGUUGCCGUAGCAGCAACAGGAAGAGUCUUGGGGUUGGGACCCCGUCGCCCACGCUUUCGCGUCCUCUCUCACCUCUCUUGGUUGCAACAGCCGGCAGCAGUCCCUUAGACAGCCCCAGGAAUGUGUCCAGCAGUGCCGCUCUCAGCUUCCCCUUUGCUCGCAGCCAUGUGAUUCGUACUGACAGAGCGGAGGGAAGAAGAUGGUCGCUGGCAUCCCUCCCCUCAUCUGGCUAUGGCACCAAUCCCCCCAGCUCCACGGUCUCAUCUUCCUCCUCUUCUCAGGAGCGCUUGCAUCAGUUGCCCUACCAGCCCACUCAGGAUGAGCUGCACUUCCUGUUUAAACACUUUAGGAGCUCUGAGAGUGUGGCUGAUGAGGACGGGCGGCCAGCACCCAGCAUCCGGCCCCGAUCCCGCAGCCUCAGCCCUGGGCGGACAAGCGGGUUGUUUGAUAACGAGAUCGUCAUGAUGAACCACGUGUACAAGGAGCGCUUCCCCAAGGCCACGGCGCAGAUGGAGGAGCGUCUCCUCGACAUCAUUACCCAGUUCUCCCCGGACAGCACCCUCCCCCUGGCCGACGGUGUCCUGGGCUUCAUCCAGCACCAGCUGGUAGAGCUGGCCCGCGACUGCCUGGACAAGUCCAGGAAGGGCCUGGUGACAUCGCGCUACUUCUUAGAGCUGCAGGCCAAGGUGGAGAAGCUGCUGCGCGAGGCAUACGAACGGUCUGAGAGUACAGAAGUCACCGUCAUAACACAGCUGGUGAAGAAGAUCCUGAUUGUCAUCUCCCGGCCUGCGAGGCUGUUGGAGUGCCUGGAAUUUGACCCCGAGGAGUUUUAUCACCUGCUGGAGGCAGCAGAGGGUCAUGCCAAAGUGGGACAGGGCAUCAAGACAGACAUCCCGCGUUACAUAAUCAGACAGCUGGGCCUGACACGGGACCCCCUGCAAGAAAUGGUGCAGCUUGAGCAGUACGACUCCAUGCCUGCAGCUGGUGUGGAGUCCGAUCCUGGGGAGCAGAGCAGAUUGGUGCUGACGCCCCCCCGCAGGAAGCCCCUCGAGAGUGACUUUGAGACCAUCAAGCUGAUCAGCAACGGCGCCUAUGGAGCUGUGUACCUUGUGAGACAUCGGGAGACCCGACAGCGCUUCGCCAUGAAGAAGAUCAACCGGCAGAACCUGAUCCUCCGCAACCAGAUCCAGCAGGUGUUCGUGGAACGGGACAUCCUGACGUUUGCCGAGAACCCCUUCGUGGUCAGCAUGUUCUGCUCGUUUGAGACCCGGCGGCACCUCUGCAUGGUCAUGGAGUACGUGGAAGGGGGAGACUGUGCCAACCUGCUGAAGAACAUGGGGCCGCUUCCUGUAGAUAUGGCCAGGAUGUACUUUGCGGAGACGGUCCUGGCUUUGGAGUAUCUGCACAACUACGGCAUCGUGCACAGGGACCUCAAACCUGACAACCUGUUAAUUACAUCCAUGGGACAUAUCAAACUGACGGACUUCGGCCUGUCCAAGAUCGGCUUGAUGAACAUGACCACCAACCUUUACGAGGGCCAUAUCGAGAAGGACACCCGGGAGUUCAUCGACAAACAGGUAUGCGGCACUCCGGAGUACAUCGCCCCGGAAGUGAUCCUGAGGCAGGGUUACGGCAAGCCUGUCGACUGGUGGGCCAUGGGUGUGAUCCUCUAUGAGUUCUUGGUGGGCUGCGUGCCCUUCUUUGGGGACACCCCAGAGGAGCUCUUCAGCCAGGUGGUCAGCGAUGAGAUCAUCUGGCCGGAAGGUGACGACGCUCUGCCCAGUGACGCCCAGGACCUCAUCACCAGGUUGCUGAGCCAGACUCCCAUGGAGCGCCUUGGGACAGGCGGUGCUGGGGAGGUGAAGCAGCACCCAUUUUUCCUGGGCCUGGACUGGAACGGACUCCUGCGACAGAAGGCGGAGUUUAUCCCCCAGCUUGAGGCGGAGGACGACACCAGCUACUUUGACACACGAUCUGAGCGCUACCAGCACCUAGGCACUGACGACGAGGAUGACGAGACUAACGAUGAUGAGUCUUCUCUGGAGAUCCGGCAGUUCUCGUCCUGGUCCAAUCGAUUCAGCAAGGUCUACAGCAGCUCGGAGCAUCUAGCCACAACUUCCAACCUGAGCUUCUCCUCGUCGGACCGGAGCCAUAGUGAGGAGAAGGAGGAGCACUGGGAGGGCCGGCCAGGGCUGUCGCCGGAGGAGGGGCUUCGGCAGCCUGGGGGCAGAGGAAGCCUACGGCCGCGAGCCUCCUCCAGCUCCUCGCAGUCGGAGCGCAGUGCCAGCCCACUGGUGAUGAGCAGCACCCACAGCCUGGAGACCAUGCCACGCUUCGCCUUCUCCACUGAUGACGAGGAGGUGGUCGUGUCAAACCUGCACCGCAUCCGGCUGCGGAGCAACAGCAUGGGCACCAAGCACUCAUCCCCGAAGGAUCUCGGCACGCCUCGCCGCUUCGGCCACCAGCUGGAGACGCCAGACAGGCGCCGCUUCCCGUCGGGGGGCAGGGUCCCCAAGUCGGCCUCUGUCUCAGCACUGUCGCUCAUUAUCACACCAGACGAUGCUGGGGGCGGCCUGCAGACCAGCCCCAUCUCGCCGCACUCGCUCUCCUCGAACCCCUCGUCCCGCGACUCCUCCCCUAGCCGGGACCUGUCCCUGGGCAUCCGAAGCCUGCGCCCCCCCGUGAUCAUCCACAGCUCUGGAAAGAAGUAUGGCUUCACGCUGCGCGCUAUCCGUGUCUACAUGGGCGACAGUGACGUCUACACUGUGCACCACGUGGUUUGGAGUGUUGAAGAGGGCAGCCCCGCCCACGACGCCGGCCUGCGGGCCGGUGACCUCAUCACGCAUGUCAACGGCGAGUCCGUCCAAGGGCUGGUGCACACGGAGGUUGUGGAGCUGCUGCUGAAGAGCGGGAAUAAAGUGGCGCUGCAGACCACCCCGCUGGAGAACACGUCCAUCAAGGUGGGCCCAGCACGCAAGACCAGCUACAGGGGCAAGAUGGCCCGACGCAGCAAGAAGAGCAGGAAGAGGGACGGCCAGGACAGACGCCGAGGCGUCCUGAAGAAGCUGUCCAAACAGACCGGCGUCAUCCACGGCAGCCGCAGCUUCUCGUCCGGCCUGCACCACUCGGUCUCAUCCAGCGAGAGCCUGCCUGGUUCCCCCACACACAGCCUGUCCCCAGGGCCGUGCACCCCCUGCUGCAGCCCUGCCCCAGAGCACGCUGCCGAUGCUGGCUCGCCCCAGAGCACCUCCCCCGGCUCCAGCUCACCCAGCUCCCCGGCCGCUCACAUCCGGCCCAGCUCUCUGCACGGCCUGGGCUCCAAGCUGGCCCCUCAGCGCUACGUAAAGGCAGCCCGCCGCAAGUCCACCAGCAGCAUCCCGCCGUCACCACUGGCCUGCAACCCAUCCCCCCAGCCUGUCUCCCCCCAGCGCUCACCAUCUCCCCUGCCCAGCUUCACCAAGAUGCUGCACCCCAUCCACGGGAAGGCACUCUCCCCCCCUACCAUCGUCAGGCACGCAGUGCGGCCCCGCAGCGCCGAGCCCCCUCGCUCCCCCCUGCUGAAGCGGGUGCAGUCUGCUGACAGGCUGUCGGGCGCCUUCCACGGAGAGAGGAAGCCAGGCGUCCCCCGCAGGCACACGCUGGAGGUACCCCGCUCAGAGGCAGAGCUCCUGGGGGAGGCUGAGGGUACCUGUGACAUAGGCAGGCCGGGGGGACGCUUGGGGGGUCAGAAGCUGAGAGAGCGCGGGCCCGACAGGAGUGAGGAGGUAGUGGUGAUGCGCAAGCUGAACCUGUCCGAGCGGCGCGACUCCUUCAAGAAGCAGGAGGCCGUGCAGGAGGUGAGCUUCGACGAGCCCGAGGAGAAGGGCAGCCCCAGCUCGCCAUUUAGGGCGGCCUGGCUGCUGGGCGGAGCUGAGGAGAAGGCGGCGCCGGGCUCACCUUUCAGGGCCCCGUGGGUCCAGGGUGGUACCGAGGACAGCGAGCCGUCACGGAGGCCAACUACUGUGCCACAGAUAGCAGUGCAGGGCUCUGAGGGCGACAACAAAGACAUGAAGGAUGACUGGGGGGGGCGGGCUUCCUGGGGGGCAGAGCAGCCCCCUGAAGAGAGGCCCGGCGGCACCUUGGACGGCUCACCCACACCGUCAUACAGGGGCGUGGCUUCCUGGGCUGCCCCGGACCAGCAUGCGCCGACAGGUGGCCCCGGGAUUGGCAAGGAGUGACGGGAAUGGAGGCUCGCCAGGAAGGAGAAAAAAAUCCCUGUUUGUGAUUCCGCUUUUAAUCACUGUCCAUUUGGGAUUGGUGUGCAGCCUGAACAUGUUUGUAAAUAUUUGGUGGGUAAAGGAUGUGGAGAUGGAUAAAGCUGGGCUUUUCUCCAGGACUAACUUAACGGUUUUAUUAGCAAGCAGGAUCUGUUAUUGGGCCAAAAAAUGAACAGCCUAACGCUAUUCAUGGUUUUAAUGAAGUUUUAUAUCCCCUGAAGGAAAUGUAACAUCCCCCUUCCUUUUUUUAAAAAAGAGAGAAAAAAAAGUAUUUUCUAAAUGUUCUUGACUGGUUUAGGACUUGGUGCAUAUCUCACUGGUGGCUGGAAGUUUAUUAUGGAUUUGGUGACUUGGAGGUUAAAUGUUAAUACUAUUAUGAAGGUGUGCAGUCAGAGUUCUGGGUCUUUGACGUGCACGUAGGGUGAUGGUUUUCUUAAGUGUCUGUUCCCUCUACAAACGGCACACACACAUUGUCCAUAGUAAGGUUGAUGUUCCCUUUUUUCGUAUGCAUAUUUAUAUAUAUAUAUAUAUAGGGUCUUGCAACAGUCAAGCUAGUUACCUGAACAUGAACAUUGUUGUGCUUUUUUGCUUCAAGACUUACUUGAUGGACGCCUAGAUAAAAAUAUUCCCUCAGAUCACAACAGUUCUUGCACAGAUUGACACUGUCAUCUGCAUGUCAAAGGCACUAAAAAUUGUCACCACACUGUAUCCUGCCAGCGUCACCUCGUUACUGACCAUUGGCAGGGUGGUUAAGCGGUUUGUUGGAUCAUGUUAUUUUCACACUUCUGACACGUUUUGGCUUUUGUAAGACUGUUUCCAGCUUGCUGGCAUGACCUUGUUGUUGUAGCUUGUGUCUAUGCAGGUGUCAGACAUUGGUGUCUGGUCUCCGACUGCUGUUGGCUCCAGUGACCUGGAUGCACGUCACUCUCCAUCUCACAGGGUGCGAGUGGAUGGCAUUCCCGCGUCCAUGUACUGUGCAGUGACCUGAUCACACUGCUCAGCUCCAGCAGCUUCUCCACAGCAUGUAUUCACAAGCGUUUGGUGAAAAGCAAAUUAAUUUCUUUAGCCUCAUGUUUUGUUUUUCUACUGCCAGUACAUGGCUGUCUUUCCAUAUGGAGGCUCAGUGGUGACCGACUGCUACUUUUAAUGCCUUUCAUCAGCUGUAACUUCAAGCUGCUCAAUAGGUCAGUUUACUCAGCAGGAAGGAGCAGCUGCUUCCAGGCAGGGCUGUCUGUAACACUUAACCUGCGUGUUUGCUUGGGACCUCUGCCCAUUCACACUGAGGUCUGUUUCUAUAAUAGAACUUCCUUUAAAAUGGUACUUAGUUCAUUUGACUGUUAUGUGUAAUUUUUAGUACAAUUUGAGUAUUUAAAUUUUUUGUACUAACCUAAAAUACCUGCUAUGUCUUUGGAUAGAUAUCAGGAAUGCAUUUGUAAAGGAUUUGUUUUUUCUGAAAGUACUACAUGUUGAAUAUGGAGAAGAGGCCGGAUUUAAUUCAAUGUUUGGGGGAUGCUGACAGUAUUAUGAAGUGUGUACAUUUUUUGCAAACUGUACUGUACAUUGUGGCUCAUGUUUGAUGCAUCAUUGGGAAUCGGCGCUGAACCUGUAAAGUCCCCAGCUGGCGUUCUCUUCCAGGAAUUUCCAUUAUGCAUGAUGCAUGUUCGCAUGACUCCAGGGAUGUCUCAUUCUCUCCGGUGCGUGUCUAAGAGGAUCUGUGCUGAUAUAGUUUGUCAUAUGAGACUGAUGUAUAACUUAUUUUAACAUUUUUAAACCACAAACUGUACAGUUCAGACUACCUUUCCUACCCCCCCGAGCCCUCUGAUACUGAAGUGUCAUAAAUACCUCAUUAGAUGUCUUUGACUGGGUUACGUAUGUCCAGUUUUUCCUGCCGAUGGCUUUUUGGCUGAACAGAAGUUUGUUCCGUGUGGCGCAGUGAUCCCAGCGCUUGCGGGUACUACAAAGCGCCUCAAACCAAAGUUACCAAGGUAUCACUUAAAACCUGGUCCAUGAACCAUUUCGGUUUGAUGGUGGUUCGUGAAAAUAACCUGAUGUUUUGGAUCACAAUUGUGAGGAGGAUGGUGAGGGUGUCUGGACUUCCUCCAGUACCAAUGCCGACGGUGAGCAGUAGGCCGGGCACGGGGGCUUGGAUUCUGAUCUUUGGUUAUCUUUACUCUGGCUGGUUUCUCUACUGUCCCAGUUUGCUCUUGCGCUGGUCGGUGUACAUAAUUUUAUUUAUUAUCACUUUGCUGUUCUAACAGUUUUUUUUUUU